AAUGAUAAUCUGGAAGACCUGAACGAUAUUUAUCGAGAGCAAGCUGAAACGGCUCUUCGUGCCAAUCAAAAUUUAAAAGAUGAGUUACAAAGGACCCAGGAUGAACUCAAGAGAUUUCUUCAUGAACGAGAAAUGGAACGAUAUCUACAGCGGCAGAAUGAUGAAGUAAACAAUUAA